AUGGCUUUGCUCCGGCGAUGGGACGUCGAGAGUCUUGGUGACAGCCAUGGCGGCGAAACAAGUGCAUCAACCUACCUCCAGAGCAUAGAGCGCGAUCUCGACCGAAUGCCCCGUCGCCAAGUGCUUGAUUUCCUUGUGCAGUACUUUCUAUCUGAGCUGAAUUGGAUGAAACAGGUCAUCCAUGCCCCCAGCUUCCUGGCACACGUGUACGCGGCGCAGUCUCUCCCAUCCCCUUCCCAUACAGUAGACAGUAUCGGCGGGCUCUCCCUCACCAACAUCCGCAACACCUGCAGCGAAGUGAGCGACAGCCUCGCCCAAGCGUGCCUGUCUCUGGAUUGGAAAGGGUCACUGGUACGCGUUCAGGACACCCUCUUCCUCGCCCUCAAGUUCUCGUGCGAGGGCAGAACCGACCGAUUCUGGGAGGGCAUUGCCGCGGCCAGUCGCGCGGCCCAGAAAGCGGGCAUCCACGCCGAUGCGUCUUUUCCAAGCACGAACGGCGCCCAGAACUUAGAACGAGAGAUUGAGCGAAGGACGCUGUGCAGUCUUUACGUCCUAGAUAGCCAUCUAUCCCGGCAGCUGGACCGCGUGCCGUUUCUCCCGGACGACCUGGUAUCAGAGGCCCUUCCCCAGUUGCGUCUCGGGCUAGAAAUCAGCACCGACACCAGCGCACCGGAGCUCUUCACCGAGCGGCUCAUGCAAGUGCAGCUAGGUCAAUUCUGGCGCAGCUUUGGCCCGCGGCGGAAUGCUGAGUAUGACCCUUUACAAAGCGAGCAGCGAUACGACCGGUUCUGCGCUGAAUAUCUACCGGCGCUGCCGCCUACAUUUGCACUGGAGCCAGAUACUCAAUGGGAUACUCGUCUACUCAAGCUCCCUACGCAGCGACAGCUCCUGCACAUCGCCAUCUUCGACUCCAUCUGCUGGAACUUCCGGCCGCUGCUGCUGCUCAAACCCGCCCAGAUCGCCAGGCUUGCCCCAUACAAACAGGUGCUGCUGCAGUCGCAGAAAAGGCGCCUGGUCCUGGCAGCCCUCAAGAAGCUGGAGGCCGUCACGGCCUUGCACGCCAAGCUCGGCGGCUCCCACACACGCUUUGCUGUCAUCAUCUUCAACACGUUCGAGGCCGCCGUGCUCCUGCUUGGUCUCUGCUGCCACGCCGACUUCCCCUUUGGCCAUGGGGAGGAGGAUACAAUGCUACUGGGCGUCAAGGCUGGCCGGUUGACGCGCCGCAAGGACCUCCAGGCGGCAGAGCAGGCACUUCGUCGGUUGCAGAUGCUCGCUGAUUUCAGUGAGAUGGCCGCUUCAGGGGAACGUGUGGUGACCCAGCUCUUCAUCAAGGCUUCACAAGAACAUGCAUCGGAGCCGGUGGCGCAGACGGGGUCUAGUGGGAGCUCGGCUUGGCCGGGCUCGUUGCUGGACUCGCUGGGGCUGGACGACAACGCCGGACAAUGGGGAUUCGUGGAGCACGCGAAUUAUGGUUGGUUGCCCGAGUCAAUCCCGACCAUGACGCAAGAUGACUCGUAUCCGGUAUUGCAGGGGUCGCGGCUAGGCUUUGCCGCACCCUGGGCCGUUGAUAAUUCAUUGUAG